AUGGCCCUCAGCGGUUUUUACCGCAAACUAGCGACCCAGGUGACUGGGCGCCUCAGAUAUGUGUCGCCCUUAUGUCUGACUGCCACCGAAAAAGUAUUGCAUACUUCUGCGGUUGCCGGAGCGAUACCGGAUCCCAAGCCGGUGCCGCUGCCGAAGCUCAAAGACAGCUUCCUGGAUGGUACAUCUAGCACAUACUUGGAGGAGCUUGAAGAGCGGUACCGGGCCGAUCCCAGCAGCGUGGACAAGACAUGGGCCAGCUUUUUCAACAGCCUGGAGCAAGGGGUGGCGCCCGAGGCAGUGGCCGAGGCGUACCAUGCGUACGAGCAGGGCAGCAAGGUGUCCCCCCUGUCAGCAGCGGCAGUCUCCAACCAGACCAUCCAGGAGAGCCAGCGCCUGCUGCUGCUUGUGAACGGGCACUUCAUGGCGAAUCUGGACCCCCUAGGACUGGACAAGCGGCCGAUGCCCAUCGAGCUGGACCCGGCGCUGUACGGUUUCUCAGACAAGGACCUCGACAGAGAGUUCUUUCUGGGCACCUGGAAUAUGAAGGGGUUUCUGAGCGAGGAGCGCCCCAUCCGCACGCUGCGCGAAGUGCUGCAGCGCCUUCGCGAGGCAUACUGUGGCACCAUCGGCUACGAGUACAUGCACAUUCCGGACCGGGAGCACUGCAAUUGGCUGAGGGAUCGUAUCGAGACCGCCGAGGAGUUCAAGUACACUCCGGAGCGCAAGCUGCAGAUCCUGGACCGGCUGGCAUGGAGCGAGAUGUUCGAGAGCUUUCUGGCGAACAAGUUUGCGGCGGCCAAGCGGUUUGGCCUGGAGGGCUGCGAGACGCUCAUCCCCGGCAUGAAGGCGCUCAUCGACCGCAGCACCGAGCAGGGCGUCGAGUCCAUUGUCAUGGGCAUGCCCCACCGAGGCCGGCUGAAUGUGCUGGCGAACGUGGUGCGAAAGCCGCUGCGUCAGAUCUUCAGCGAGUUUGCCGGAGUGACCCCCGAGUCCGGGGGCGGCGAGUGGUCCGGCACCGGCGAUGUGAAGUACCACCUGGGCACCUCCUAUGACCGCCCUACCACCUCCGGCAAGCGCGUGCAUCUGUCCCUCCUCGCCAACCCCUCUCAUCUCGAGGCGGUGGACCCGGUGCUGGUGGGCAAGGUGCGCGCGAAGCAGUACUACAGCGACGACGCCAGCCGCGACCGCAACAUGGGCAUUCUGCUGCACGGAGACGGCAGCUUCUCGGGGCAGGGCGUUGUCUAUGAGACCCUCGACAUGAGCGCCCUGCCUGACUACACCGUCGGCGGCGUCAUCCACAUCGUGGUCAACAACCAGGUGGCGUUCACGACGGAUCCGCGCAAGUCGCGAUCCUCCCCGUACUGCACGGACGUGGCCAAGUCCCUCAACGCGCCGAUCCUGCAUGUCAACGGCGAUGACGUGGAGGCCGUGACUCGCGCGUGCGAGCUGGCGGGCGAGUGGCGGCAGCGCUGGAAAAGUGAUGUGGUCGUGGACAUCGUGUGCUACCGCCGCUAUGGGCACAACGAGAUCGACGAACCCUCCUUCACGCAGCCCCUCAUGUACAAGAAAAUCAAGAAGCUGGAGAACGUGUAUAAGAUCUACCAGAAGCAGCUGCUGGAGGAGGGGAUUGUGAAGCAGGAGGACCUGAAACAGCUGCAAGACCAUGUGUCCGGCAUCAUGGGCGCCGAAUUCGAGGCCGCCCGCACCUACAAGCCUGAGGCGAAGGAUUGGCUGUCGUCUUACUGGUCGGGCUACAACUCGCCCAGCCAGAUGUCGCGCAUCCGAAACACCGGCAUGCCUCUCGGUGUCCUCAAGGAGGUGGGCUACGCGCUGACGAAUGUGCCAGAGGGAUUCACGCUGCACAAGGGCGUCAAGCGAGUGUACGAGCAGCGGCGCCAGAUGAUUGACACUGGGGAGGGCAUUGACUGGGGCACAGCCGAAGCACUCGCCUUCGGCACCCUGCUCUCUGAAGGAAAUCACGUGCGGCUGAGUGGCCAGGAUGUUGAGCGAGGCACCUUCAGCCACCGCCAUGCAGUCGUGCAUGACCAGGUGACGGGGGAGUCAUUCACGCCGCUGAGCCACGUGUUCAGCGGGCAGAAGCCGGGCCAGUUCACGGUGUCCAACAGCUCACUCUCCGAGUUCGGCAUCCUGGGUUUUGAGCUGGGCUACGCGCUGGAGAACCCCAACUCGCUCGUCCUCUGGGAAGCCCAGUUCGGCGACUUUGCCAAUGGCGCCCAGGUGAUAUUUGACCAGUUCAUGUCGUCGGGCGAGACCAAGUGGCUGCGCCAGAACGGCCUUACCGGCCCGGAGCACAGCAGUGCGCGGCUGGAGCGGUACCUGCAGAUGGUGGACGAAAAUCCCUACGAGGUCCCCAAGGUGGACGAGUCCAAGUGGUUCUCCGGCGGCCACCUGGGCGGCCAGAUCCAAAAGAUCAACUGGCAGAUUGCCAACUGCACGACGCCGGCCAACUACUUCCACCUGCUCCGGAGGCAGAUCCACCGGCAGUUCCGCAAGCCCCUCAUCGUGAUGUCCCCCAAGAAUUUGCUGCGCCACCCGCAGGCCAAGUCCGGCCUCUGGGAGUUCGACGAGAUCCCCGACGACAAGGGCAUCCAGGGUGUGCGCUUCAAGCGGCUGAUCAUGGAUGAGAGCGCCUCUGACCGCCACCCCCACCCGCCGAAAGAAGAAGGCUUCAAGCGCCUCGUCUUCUGCUCUGGAAAGCUGUACUAUGAGCUCAAGGCGGGCCGGGAGAAGGCAGGCACAGAGAAAGAGGUGGCUCUGGUGCGUCUGGAGCAGCUGGCGCCGUUCCCGUUCGACCUGGUCAUGCGCGAGCUGCGCCGCUACCCCAAUGCCGAGAUUCUCUGGGCUCAGGAGGAGCCGAUGAACAUGGGCGCCUACUUCCACGUGGCCCAGCGCAUCAAGACAUGCAUGAGCGAGGAGAACCGCCCCAUCCCCAUGCAGCUGCAGUAUGCUGGCAGACCCCCCUGCGCAUCGACCGCCACCGGCUUCGGCAAGGUGCAUGCACAGGAGCAGGCAGCGCUUGUUCAGGCCGCUGUUGAGGUCUGACAGCCUCAAGACCCCUUUAACUUAUGAGAAGCACAUGAAUCAUGUGUGCACAGUCAGACAUGGUCUCAUUCUUAUUACGUAAUAUUGGUAUACCGGUUGCAAUUAGGGUGUUUAUUGAUAUCUUGAGAGCCUGAGCCUGUUAUCCCGGGAUCAUGCAAGGACUCGUGAAACAUCACGCCAUGUCGUGAUGAUGGUUGUUAACCAAGAUUUUCAAAUGUUCUCACUCCUACGUAGUGUAUACAUGUGUAUCUGAAGAUGUUGUUAAUGCGGCCCACGCCUUUCCACAU